GGAUUGAGAAAGCUUUGUCUCGCCCUGGCCCAGAUGUGGUUAUCUGUGAUGAGGGACACCGGAUAAAGAACUGCCACGCCAGCACUUCGCAGGCCCUGAAGAACAUCCGCUCCCGCCGGCGCGUGGUGCUGACGGGCUACCCGCUCCAGAACAACCUCAUUGAGUACUGGUGCAUGGUAGACUUUGUCCGACCCGACUUUCUAGGCUCACGGCAGGAAUUCAGCAACAUGUUUGAGCGCCCUAUCCUGAACGGGCAGUGUAUUGACAGCACCCCUCAAGAUGUCCGGCUCAUGAGGUAUCGCAGUCACGUCCUGCAUAGCCUGCUGGAGGGCUUUGUGCAGCGGCGAGGCCAUAACGUGCUGAAGGUUCAGCUGCCAUCUAAGGAAGAACAUGUCAUUUUGGUGCGUCUUUCGAAGAUCCAGCGGGCCCUUUAUACGGAGUUCAUGAACCGGUUCCGAGAUGCAGGCAACAGUGGCUGGUUGGGCCUGAACCCACUCAAAGCUUUCUGUGUCUGUUGUAAGAUCUGGAACCAUCCAGAUGUGUUGUAUGAAGCUCUGCAAAAGGAGAAUCUGGCGAACGAGCAAGAUUUGGAUGUGGAUGACCUUGGCACAGCAAGUACCAAUUCCCGCUGCCAGCCUCACGGAAUUAAAGUCAAAACAGAGAGUAAUGCUUUGGCAUCACCAGUUGGAGAAGCUACUAACAGCAAGUUCCUCCAGAGCGUUGGCUUCAACCCCUUUCAGGAGAGAGCAAAUCAGGUCGUUACGUAUGAGUGGGCCAAAGACAUCUUGUGUGAUUACCAGACGGGAGUCUUGGAGAACUCACCCAAGAUGGUGUUACUGUUCCACUUAAUUGAGGAAAGUGUGAAGCUUGGAGACAAGAUCUUGGUCUUCAGCCAGAGCUUGUCCACGUUAUCUGUCAUUGAAGAGUUUUUGGCAAAGAGACCGAUGCCGAGUCCUCCAGGCUCAGAUGGAGGAGUUCACAGCUGGGUCCGAAACAUCAGCUACUACAGACUGGAUGGCAGCACCUCUGCCUUGGAAAGGGAACGACUGAUUAACCAGUUCAAUGACCCCAGCAACACCUCUGUUUGGCUCUUCCUGUUGUCCACACGCGCUGGGUGUUUGGGUGUCAACCUCAUUGGAGCAAACAGAGUGGUGGUGUUUGAUGCUUCUUGGAACCCGUGCCACGACGCCCAGGCCGUGUGCCGCGUGUACCGCUACGGGCAGAAGAAGCCAUGCCACAUCUACAGAUUGGUUUCUGAUUACACCCUUGAGAAGAAGAUCUAUGACCGGCAGAUCUCCAAGCAGGGCAUGUCAGAUCGGGUGGUGGAUGAUCUGAACCCAGUGCUGAACUUCACCCGGCGGGAGGUAGAGAACCUGCUGCAUUUUGUGGAAGAGGAAUCCGACCCUGCUCAGCUCUCCCUCAAUCCAAGCAAGAUGAAGGAGUCUGUUCUACAAUUAGCCUGUCUCAAGUAUCCUCACCUCAUCACCAAGGAGCCUUUUCAGCAUGAGUCACUGCUGAUCGACCGGAAGGAGCACAAGCUGACCAAGGCAGAGAAGAAAGCAGCCAAGAAAAGCUAUGAGGAGGAAAAGCGAGCAUCCGUCCCCUACACCCGGCCGUCCUACGCACAGUAUUACCCAGCCAGUGACCAGAGUCUGACGAGCAUCCCUGCCUUUAGCCAGAGAAACUGGCGACCAGCCCUCAAGGGUGAGGACAAGCCGGUGGCAAGCGUCCGCCCAGUUCAAUCCACCCCCAUUCCUAUGAUGCCCCGGCACGUCCCCAUGGGCAGCGCAGGAUCGACCUCAAGUUCCAACCCCGCUGUCAACUUCCCCAUCAACUACCUACAGCGAGCUGGUGUCUUUGUGCAGAAGAUUGUCACCACCACAGAUAUUGUGAUUCCGGGUACAAACACAUCCACUGACGUACAGGCAAGAAUCAGUGCUGGCGAGAGCAUCCACAUCAUCCGAGGGACAAAAGGGACGUACAUCCGGACCAGCGAUGGCCGUAUCUUUGCUAUCCGGACCACUGGGAAGCCGAAGGGCAAUGAAGAUCGUCGAGCAGCUGCCUCAGGCUCCCAGAGCUCUUCGCUGGAGUCCACAAGCAAUGGCAGACACAGUGCCUCAUCACCGCAGCUCCCCAGCGCAGGGGAGCUCACUCGGCCCAUAUCCCCCGACAGCCCUGAGAUCAUCAGCGAGCUGCAGCAGUACGCAGAGGCAGCGGCCGCCCGGGAGUCCCGGCACAGCUCUCCCAGCACCAACGCGGCGCAAGGCCACCCCGCCUGCGUGGACAACGUGCCUGGCUUAGCAGCCCGAGGAGCCGAGCAGCGCGUGGGGAUUCACUGCAUGGCUCCCUCCGUGUCUUCAGCCCUGCCGGCCCCCAGCCAGCAGAUGGAUGCCCACUCGGUGUUGGACUUACGUGGCAACAAGCGCAAGUCGACCUCGCCGUCGGCUCCGGAGGAGCAAGCCCGCAGGCAGCAGAAGAAGCGCCAGCUGCCAUCAUCCGCGCAGCCGUACGAACACGGGUACCCUGUCUCUGGUGGGUUCACCAUGCCUCCUGUCUCUUUAAACCACAACCUAACCCAUCCGUUUGCCUCCCAACCAGGAAACUCCUUGUACAUGGGCACUGGCUCCUCUUAUUACCAGCUGCCCAAUUUACUCCCAGACCCUCAUCUGGUGUUCCCUGUGACUACUGACCCUCUGCUGACAGCCGGCACCGCCAGCUCUUCUGCUGCUACCUCAGCCACCGCCAGCGUCCCCUCAUUCAUGCUAAACCCUUCUCUGACGGGGGUGCUGCCCAAUUACUCGCUUCCCUUCACGCAGUCACUCCUGCCCGAGCCCAGGAUGUUUGCUCCUUUCCCAGCCCCUGUCUUGCCUAGCAGCCUUCCCAGGAGCAUGGCGUCUGCCUACCCUGGCUACAUGUCCCCUCACUCGGGCUACCCGGCCGGGGGCCUCCUUCGGUCCCAGGUGCCUCAGUUUGAACCCCAGGAUGUCCCAGAGGUGGGAUGCAGCUCUAAUGAUGAGGACAAAGACGACGAUGUUAUAGAGAUCACAGGGAAAUAACGAGCCCAGCUCCUGCUUGGUGUCAGCUCUGCCGGGAGGCAGAAGUUGCAGAACCAUUUUG